AUGGGCUCCCCGCUGCCAGGCUGGGGCCAGAACAGCCUUUUACUCCGGGUCUGGUGUCUGCCUACCGCCCCCUACAUGGACAGCGAUAGCAAUACCCCAUCACUCCUAUUCAACGACUUCACACACACACACAGCCAAAUACAGGGUGAUAUAUGCUUUAAGAGCACGUUUCAUUUAGAAUCACCUCAUCAAAUAUUUCUUUUCAAUAUGUUAUUUGAGAUUCCUUGUUUCAGAGACUCAGCACAUGUUUCUGGGCUCCCUUUGGGGGGAGAAAACUGUAAAAGAUGUACAAAAGGAAUGAUCAUGGCUCACAGGAAAUGGCAGAGAAAACAAAAGAAAAACCCACAAAACACUUAA